GAGGCGGCGGCCCCGGCGGCGCCGCGGGUCCCCGGGGAGCAGCCGCGGGGUCCGUGAGCGGGGAGCGGAGGCGGGGGCGGCCCGGCGGGGCCCGGGGCCGCGGGCUGACGGUCUGUGUGCCCCAGCAGCAGUAGCGGCGGCUGCGGCGGCGACCUCCCCCGCUGCCCCGCCAGGCACGGCCCUGCUCCGGGCCCCCGUCCGCCGGGGACAGCCGUGUGCGGGGAGCGCUGGCGGGGUUGGGGGUCCCGGCCAGGCAGCUGCCGGGAUGAGGGGUCGGUGCGGGUCACUCACGGGGCCCUGCCCUGCGGAGCCAUGGGGGACAGCGGCACCUCGUGCAGAGGAAAGGGCUGAAGGAGCAAGGUGUCCGCGUAAGGCAGCUGCAGGAGGGAGGUGGAGAUGAGCCACUGGUGGGGGGUUGAAACGGCUUCUCUGUGUGUGUCACAGAUGGGCUUGUAGAGCUGUGGAGGCUCUGGGGAUCCUGGCAGAGUGCGGCUGGGUGGUCCAGAGCCCACACUGCCCUGGGACAGUGGGGCAAGGUGGAGACAGGCUAGAGAACGGGCAUGCAGGACGACACUUGAGUAGUGAUGAGCGGCAGCGCUCCAGUCUUCCACCACUUUGGUGCUUCCAGCGCUGAGAUCCUUUCAGCAUGAUGAGGGCUCUGGGGCUUUUGGGAGUGCAGAGAAGGAUUCACAGUCCUGGCCCAUAGCCUGAUCUCCAGAGGCGACUGAAACCAUCCUUUGGAGACAACCACAGGGGUCCUGCUCCCUUGUACUGUCCUGGGGAGUGGAAUGAGUCCAGUCACGGAUCACGUUGCCCAGAGGAGUUGUGCAAUCUUUGUCCUUGGAGGUUUUCAAGACCCAAGUGGCAUAAAGCCCUUAACCACAGUGUUGACCCUGAAAGGGGCAGGAAGAUGGAAUGGAGACCUCUUGAGGUCCCUUUCCACCUGAAUUAUUCUGUGUUCAUCGUGACCCCAUGGGAGCUGGCUGCCCACAGCCAGGCAUGCCAGGAGAGGCAGCUGCAGAACAAGCCCAAAAGUGGCCCCAGUGUUGGGGCACUGUGGCAGUGCUGUGGCUCCUCUGCAGCCAUUACCUCUGCCAGUCUUGUCCCCACGAUCACAGCUCUCUCAGGGACCACAGAGCUGAGCCCUAUUGCCUGGUUCUCCCAGGAGUGCGUGUGGGUGAUGGGCCCCCAUGCGAUGGAGCUCCAGAUUUCACGUGGCAUGUCCCUGUGGUUCAUAACCCCUCCUUCCCAGAAAAUCUCCAGUUUGCAUGGCUUAGCUCCCAGACACUCAGGCAUGCUCUGACCCUGCCAGGCAAGGAGCCGGCUGGGCCCCAGGGAUGUUGCGAUGGCUCCUCAUGCAGGCCAGUCACACCUCUGCUCCCAGGGGAGAUCAGCUGUCUCGUGCUGUCACGUUUCGCUCUGCUUUGGUUGGUUUCCUGCAGCUUCCAUCUCUGGUGUCCCAGCGUUGUGCAUACUGCGGACAUCCAGGGCUUUGUGUCCUGCUUCUUGGGGAGGAGGGCCCCUGAUUACCCUGCUCAGGGACUUGUUCGGCCCCUCUCCAGGGAUGGCUGGUGUGCAGCUGUGCGUGUCGGGGGCAGCAGCCCUGCUCUGGCUCAGCUGUACCUUGUCCUUGCCCUUUCUGAUGCCUAGGUCCCUGCCCAGGAUGUGGUCCCCAACUGCAGGACUCAAUCUGCCGUCUCUGUGGCUCCAUUAAUAGAGCUGCGUGUCAUGGCCAGGUGACCCUGGGGGUGUGAGCUCCUGCUGUUGAGCCUUGUCACGGGUAGUUUUUGUUUAUUUGCAGGUCCCUGAGGGAGUCAAAUAUGUUGGACUUUGUGUCACUCCCAGGGGACCCAUGGCCAUGCCGUGUCGUCAGCAAUGAUUCCCUGCUGACAGGUUGAGCGGUGCCAACUGCAGCUGGAGAUGGUUCGGCUGCUGCCUGUGGGGAGGAUGCCGGCUCUAAGGCCCAGGUAGGACCCUGGCCAUGGGGGCUGCGCUGGGGCUGGCACCUCCCUUCUGCCCUCCGUAGCCUGGCAGCGACUGGCUGCCGCCCUGACCCCUGACGGGCCCCCAUGGAGCAGCCGACACGGACGCCCGGGCCCCUCCGCCUCCUGGGCUUCUUUGGGAGGAAGCCACAGGCCGUCGGAGGGGAGACGUCACCGGAGCCAGAGCCGGAGGAACCUGAGGAGAUGUGCAUCGCGCUACCCCUGGGCGAGGGCGGGGAGCUGGUGGAGUGUCCCCUGUGCCUGCUGCCCCAGCCUCCCGAGGCCUUUCCCACCCUGGCCUCCUGCACGCACCGCUCGUGCCGGGCCUGCCUGGAGCAGUACCUGCGCAUCGCUGUCAGCGAGAGCCGCGUGCAGGUGGCCUGCCCGCACUGCCCUGCCGUGCUCCAGCCCGCUGAUGUCCACGGCCUCCUGGCCGAGCCUGCCCUCCGUGACAAGUACGAGGCGUUCCUCCUGCGACGGUUGCUGGUGGCCGACCCCAGCACGCGCUGGUGCCCUGCGCCCGACUGCAGCUAUGCUGUCAUCGCCUACGGCUGUGCCGAGUGUCCCCGCCUCACCUGCGGACGUGAGGGCUGUGGCACCGAGUUCUGCUACCACUGCCGGCAGCCCUGGCACCCCGAUGGCCCUUGUGCGCCAGCGCCGCCGGCCCCCAGCCUGGCCAGCCCCGCAGCACAGCUAGUCCCCCCGGAGGACUCGGCCCGUGCUGAGGCUGAGGACAUCAAGGUCUGUCCCCGCUGCAGUGCCUUCAUCAUGAAGAUCAAUGACGGGAGCUGCAACCGCAUGAACUGCACGGUUUGUGGCUGCCUCUUCUGCUGGCUGUGCCUGCAGGAGAUCUCUGACGUGCACUUCCUGAGCCCCUCUGGCUGCACCUUCUGGGGGAAGAGGCCUUGGUCACGGACCCGGAAGACCCUGUGGCAGCUGGGCAUGGUGCUGGGGGCGCCUGUGGUGAUCUCCCUCGUCGCAGGCAUCGCUGUCCCUGUCAUUACCAUUGGGAUCCCCAUCUACAUGGGUAGGAAGGUGCUGGGCCAGAGCCGGAGGAGCAGCCUGUCGGGGUGCCAGCAGUGCCUCUCUGUCACCAGCAGUGUCCUCCUCUCUCUCUUUGUGUCCCCCAUCAUAACAGCUGUUGCUGUGGGAGUUGGCGUGCCUCUGAUGCUCACCUACGUCUAUGGGGUGGUGGUGCUGUCACUGUGUCGGAGCCGCUGGGGGUGUGGGGGCGGCCGCAGCCCGCCUGGGGAUCUCGGUGUGGUGGAGCUGGAGAACCUGACCAAGCUGAAUGAGCUGUGGUCGGUGCUGCCCAGCCCCAAGGGGGGCGAGGAUGGAGUCCCGGACACAACCACCCCCUUCCCCAGCAGCAGCUGUAGCCCGCGCCACAGGGCGGUGUGGAAGGAGCAGGACAGCCAGUCAGCCGGCACGGUGGCCCUCGCGGGGAGCAUGCUGAGUGAGGGCCAGGACAUGUCCUACAGGGAAGGCAUCAACAUCGAGGUGGAGGUGUCGAUCGAAGCAGUGCCACAUCCUGCCCGGGAGCAGAGCCUUUGCAGUGCGCUGUCAGGGCAGAGUCUCUCUGGGGACUCCCUGGGAGACACCAGUGACAGAUGCAGUGCCGUGGGUGACCCCCCUCACUGAGCGAGACUGUGCAGCAACCUGGGGGGGAGACCCUUGAACCACACAGCCCCCACGUGGGCUCCCACCUGCCACUGACACAAAGAUCCCUUGCCCUGCUGUGGCAGAGCUGGUCACCCUCUGUGGGGCGCAACCAGCCUCAUGAACUGGGUCCCGGCCAUCCCCAGGCUGGGCGGGCACUGACUGCGCUCAGUGCUGCCUGCACCCUGCGCCCAGCCCCAUCCUCCCCUUCCCCAAGGGCAGGCUUGAGCAUUGAUGCUGCUGGGAAAUAAAACUACUCUCCGAG